GCAAAUCGGCAACUAUGUGACGGCGGCAGCUGCUGUGCAGCCGACAUGGCACCGUCGAGCGAGUCAGCAGCAUGAAAAAGAGAGAAUGGAACGUAUGGAGGAAGAACUCGCCAAAUUUCGCGCUCAGCUCAAGGUGAAACAGGAGGCUGCCAAAGCGCCCGAACAGCCUGACCGCGCGAAAUCGGGUUCUCAGAGCGAAAGCAACGACACUGACAGCGAUGCCAAGCCGGCCACGUUGACAAAGCUUCGCAAGAGACGAGAACCCGUACAAACUCCUCCGAUGGCCGCGUCACCGCCGUCUUCUCGCAUAGUGGUCACCGACGAACCUGUGGUGGACGAGGAGUCCUGUGGUCGCUGGACGAGGCUCGACGUGGCCACUCUGGUGCUCAAGUUGACGCUGUGGUGCCUGCUGAUGACGCUGUUUGUGGUGCUCGAAUUCGGAGCCGUGUUCUUCGCGAUAAGCGUGUUCUACGUGAUGUUCACGAACUUCCGCAAGAGGCCCCGGCUGCGUGGCGAGCUCAGCGCCUACUCGGUGUUCAACCCGAACGUCGAGGCGAUCGACGGCUCGCUGACGGCGCAGGACUUGGAGAGGCAGUUGACUAUGGGCAUAUUGCCGAUGCACUGAGAAACGGCGGCCGCGAAAACAGCAACGAAACAAGGGACCGCCUUCUCGAUGACGUGGCGCGUUUGGCUAACGCCUACGGUUGCAGUCAGCAGUACACCGUGCAAUAUCUAGUAGCCGUCCAUCCUGCGCAAGCUUCACUCUCUCUUCAGAAAGUGGAAGACUGCACGUAACUGUGACCACUAGUACGCAGACGGUGCUACUUUGCCUUAUUUCAAAUACUUGACGGUAUCCGCGCGUGACGUGACAAGAUUUGCAGUGCUAUUAACAUAAGCAGUGCCAUACGAAUAGGAAGCGAAUACUUGAAUGUCGCUAGCCUUCUACACUUGUUAAAUGCACUGAAUGAAACACGCCCUUUCGUUAACCGGUGUUGACAGUAGAGUACUUGCCCAUUUGUCCAGAACAAGCUGGAGGUAUACGUCAUGAAAAGUACAAUUUAAGUGUGAUGACAGACCAAAACAAAGUACUGCACAAACAUGGCCAGUCGGGCGAGUUGGAACCCAGCUGUGCUAGAAGCAUUUAGCAUAACAAAUACAGACCAAGAGAAAAUGAUAGAUCAAGUGCUCUCCGUGCAUUUGUUCUUACUGUGCGCUGCUAUCAUGCCAGGAAGAAAGGUUACCUCCUCAGUAAAACAAUAGUGCUAUUAGUCUUGCAUGAACAUUGUGAGGCCUUGUGAAUACAAAAUUUGAAGCGUGAUUAUGCUUUCUGGGCAGCGAAUGCUAUCAUUCCGCACGCCAAAAACUUUUAGUGCCCAGCAUUGCCACAGUGACAUGUGCGCCACAGUUGGCUGUCAAAAAGAACAACCCAACACAGCCUCACCUAGUAUUCAUAAAAGGUAUAGAUGUAAUUGUUCGGAAAGUAUCCAGUAGUAUGAAAUUCGUUACUGAAGGCAGUCGUGCCGACACGAGCAAAAGUAGGAACCGAAAAUCACCAGGCCUGCG